GAAAAGAAUUUCUAUAUUAGAGGAGAGAAGAAGCUCAUCGACGGCAAUCGGCGAUUUCCCUUUCUUCGGCCAUGGAAAUCCCUGAACCUGACCUUGACGUUGAUCCUAUACCUCCAUCUCCAUCUCCAUCUCCGCCUCCGCCAGCCAACUCAUUCUCGACCACCACCGCCGUCAAUGAUGACCCCUUGUCCAGUCCCUACACCUCUCCCAACUCCUAUUGCCACGAGAUUUCAACUCUUCAAGACCUCGCCUGCCGCGGCGCCUGGCGGACCAUUGUCGACAAGGUGGCGCGUUCCCGCUCACUCUCCCUUCUCUCUAAACCUCACGAGCAUCUCAUUUAUCUCACUUUUAACCUCCUCGCCCUCGUCAAGCUCCGCCGCUACUCCGAGGCGCAGCAAGAGCUCCAAUCUCUGGACGACGAUCUCGAAUCUAGCCAAUAUUUAUUCGAAUCGUAUUCGGAUCAUUACCCCAAUCAAAAACCAGGAUCUAUGAUCCCUUUUGCCCUCCGAUGGUUGCACGCUUAUUUACCGUUCACCCUCGGUGACCGCCAAUUAUCCCUCGAUCGCCUCUAUGCUCUCCUCCAUUUUAUCCGGGAUAAGAAACUGACUCCAAAUCGAGAUUCUACCGAUAUUUCGCUCACUCUCUGGAAGAAGCGUGAGGCGUUUGUGGUAAAUACGAUUUUAAGUUAUCAUUUGAGCCAAAAGGAGUUUAGGGUGUGCUUGUCGUUGUUGAAGGCUGAAAUAACCAAAAACGAGGAUCCUUUGCUGGUUUCGAAACUGGGAUACGUGCAAAUGCAAUACGGCGAUCUGAAUGGGGCAAAGCAAGCUUUUGCAGAGGUGGAAAAACUUGCAGCGGGAGAUGUGGCGAUGAAGAAUUUAAUGAGUAGAAAUAAGGCAUUGAUGUAUCUGGUUGAGAAAGACUAUGUGUCAGCUGUGAGGGAGUAUGAGGAAUGUAUAGAGAGGGAUGGGUCGGAUGUGGUGGCCAUUAAUAACAAGGCUCUUUGUUUGAUGUACUUAAGGGAUUUGUCUGAUUCUAUUAAGGUGUUGGAGAGUGCUUUGGAGAGGAUUCCGACCAUGGCAUUGAACGAGACUAUCGUCGUGAAUCUGUGCAGUAUGUAUGAGUUGGCCUAUGUGAAUCAUGCGGAUAUAAAGAAGACACUCACUACAUGGAUUGCAAGGGUUGCCCCUGAUGACUUUGAUACUUCGUGUACUAGGAUAUGAGGACCAAUCGAUUGCUCCAUGCGAUUCCAUUCCCUGCAAGUUUAUCCAUCACUCAUAGCAGAUCUUGGCUGGAAGCGAACUAGGAGAUUUGUCCUCUCUUUGGCUUGCAGUUUUGCUUGUAUAUUCUAUGCCAUUUGCUUUUCUCGAUUUCUCAUAUAUGUGGCCUGGAGUGGAGAACUUGGUGGUGGCUCUGGUAUGGCAUCUGCUGGCCUUUAACUUGAGCUAAGAUUUGAUGUCCUGUUCAUCUGCUUUUGUAGGAUGAAACAGGGUUUGGAUUUUUCUCCUUGAAUGGAUCUUCAAGACUGCUUUGAAAUUUAUGAUUCUAUAUUUCUAUGGCUACCCAUGUGGUAAUAACCUUGGAUAAGUAUACGGCUCUCUUUAUGCUGUUAUAUAUGUUAAAAUAUAUGCUCAUGUUUUCAAUAAAUUUGCAUUACUUGUUGAUUUA